CUAUAGUGGUUAGUCUCGCUUGACCCAACAGCAGAACAUUCCAAAAGGGGCACAAGUCACGUGUGAACAGGCGCAGUUGUGUUUUUUAUUUAAAAUGUUUUAUAUUUAUUUAAGACCUGUUGAAAGCUUUGGAAUAUUACGAAAAUGCUGUAAGGAAUGGGAAACCUCGUCCUGGUGUAGAAUUGCAGUCACUGUUAGUUCUACCCAGAGUAAAAGGAAGCACACGGGAGAAGAGAAGAGACUAUGUUGGUAUCAGAAGUGAUCUAGCAGGACACUGGGUUGUGCCAGGCCUUUGUGGAAAAUGGCCAGCAAACAGAAUAUGUGGAGUGCCAAUAGGUUGGCACAAACCUAAUUCAGAUUGAAGAAUUUUCAUCAUUGUGUUAAAAAUUUCUUGUCAGUGCUGCAUCUGCUGCUGCUACUACUACUACCGUCUUAACCAGUGGGAAUUGACCUUCAAUGGAUUCUAACCAGAGAACAAGUCUUGGGACAUCCACUCACGUGAGCAAUCUAAUUGGAACUGGCAGAGAAUUGUUGCCCUCUGAACUCCCAACUCUGCGAGACGUUAUGAGAUUAUAUGUAACUCAUCAUCGCCGUUCUUUGAAUUGUCCUGAAUACCACCAUUUGGUAGCCAAGCCCAAAACAAAAAGUGCCGUUUGGGUGCAUUUUGGCUUGCCUGCUGAUGAAAGUGACCGUGUGGUGGUUGAUAAUAUCGCCAUUUGUAAGAUAUGUUUGAAUUCGGUAUCUGCGAAAGGCGGAAACACCUCAAAUCUAAGUAGCCACCUCAAGUUUCACCACCCACUGAAAUUUAGGGAGUUGGCUUCUCCAUCAAGAGACAUUUCCGUUGAUUCGUGUAAUGAAGCUGAUGAUCCUCCAGUUGCAACAACGGUUAGUGCUGCAGAGCCUGCAGUAACGGUUGCAGAAAAUCCUAAAAAACGGCUGAAAACAACAUUGGAUGUUCAGCCGCUCAGUUCAAAGGCACCGAAAUCUUGUACUCAGGCAAUCCUAGAGUAUGUGGCUACGUGCAUGCAGUCUUACGACACAGUGGACCACCCAAAAUUUAUCCAGAUGGUUAACACUCUAAACCCAAGAUAUAAGUUGCCCAGCAGCAAAUACUUUGCAACCAAAGGAGUUCCAAAACUGUACAAUGACACCGUGGAGAAAAUGAAGAGAGAAGUAAGCCGGAUAAAGGAUACUGAGCUGGUCAUCACUACUGAUUGCUGGACAUCAGUAGCAGGCACUCAAUUUUUGGCAGUGACUGUACAUUUCAUAUCAGAUGAGUGGAAGUUGACUAAUGCUUUCUUGGGCUGUAAACAUAUUUUGAAGGACCACAACUCAGAUAAUCUUUGUGAAAUGCUCACAGACACAUUAUCGGAAUGGGGCAUAGAUGUAAAGAAUAUAUUUUGCAGUACUACUGAUAACGGUACAAAUAUUGUAAAAGUAGUUAGGCAGCUUGGUUUAGAGCACGUUUCCUGCUUUGCCCACAAUAUAACUGUUGGGGUUAACCGAGCUUUAAACUUGACACAGCUGAAAAAGGCAGUUACAAGACUGAAAAACCUGCAGAAUAGCAUUAGCCAUAGUUGGAAAAUGAGAAGAGACUUUGCCAGAUCUCAAGAGAUACUUCAGAUGGAGAAAGUUAGUUUGCCGAGUGCUUGUCCCACAAUAUGGUGGAGCACAUUUAAGCUCUGCCAAACGUUUCUUGAAAACAAAAGUGCAUUAAGUGAGAUGUUUCUGGGUUAUCCCUCCAAAAACCAUUUGAUGUUGGAAGAGAGUGAUAUCUCUGCUAUACAAGACUUUGUGUCUGCAACUACUGUGUUAGAGGACAUCACCACGACUCUGAGCGGAAGCAAUGAUAUCACUGCUUCAUCUGUUCUGCCGCUUUAUAGACAAAUUAAGAAAAGUCUCCAGCCUGAUGAGGGAGACAGUAUGCUGCUGCAGGAUAUUAAACAUGAAAUUUUGGGUGCACUGUCAGAAAAGUAUGAAAGUGCACCUAUGACAACCACUUUAGGUUUAGCUUCGCUGUGUGACCCAAGGUUUCGCCUGCGGUUCUUGGAGACUCCUGAGGCUGUCAGGCAGGAGGCCAUAAAGAAGAUGGCAGACUUGCAUGGCAGUCUGUGUGCUGCUUCUACGGAGCCCAGUACUCCGCCUCCUCAGCCAAAAAAAGGGUUGGCAAAAAUUUUUGAUUUAGAGGAGGAAGAGGAGGACCUGGCAGAAGAAGGAUUAGCACCGUUGUCUGAAUUGAAAGCAGAAAAAGAGCUCAGAAGCUAUAUGGCUAUGCCAAGAGUGGACUUUGAUGAAUGCCCUCUGAUGUGGUGGAAGGCACAUGAGGCAUCCUUCCCAAUGUUGAAGGUGCUUGCAAAGAGGUUUCUGGCUAUCCCAGGAACAAGUGUGCCGUGUGAAAGUGUUUUCAGCACAGCUGGCAGUGCUCUCCAAAGACAAAGGGCAUCUCUAUUGCCAGAGAAUGCUGAAAUGCAGAUUUUCCUGGCCAAAAAUGUAAAUUUUGUUUAAUACAUUUUCCUUCUGUAAAUUUUUAUCUGUUCUUUCUAGUGUUGCCUGGCUUAUAAAAGAAAUGCAAGCUUUUCUGGCAAGAUUUUGUAAAUUUUGUUUAAUAAAAUGUUCUGUAAAAUAAAUUUUUGACAUCUAA